GCUUGCCGACCACAAGACAAAUCCUGUGCAUUUUUUCACAAAUUAUCGACUUUUGACGAAUGGUAAACGAACUCUCAUCCUUAGAAGCCCUCAGGGUCGCAUUUAUCCCAUUUUAAGCAGUGAAACCAAAAUCAGUUGUACUUGUGUGAAAAGUGAUGAUCGUGCACCUACAAAACUAGACUGAUAAAUUAUUACUGUUAAAAUGGCUAUAGGAACAACAAAAGUUGUGCAGGUGACCAAUAUUGCACCACAGGCCACCAAAGAUCAGAUGCACGUACUCUUUGGAUAUCUGGGCAAGAUCGAAGAUAUCAGAUUAUAUCCUACAGUGAGAGAUGUGUCUAUUCCUGUUCAGUCUCGCAUUUGUUACAUAAAGUUCACCGAUUCUACAACUGUGGGCAUUGCUCAGCACAUGACAAAUACUGUUUUCAUUGACCGAGCCUUGAUAGUAAUACCCGUACAGAAUGGCGAAAUUCCAGACGAGUAUUAUGCACUUGAGAUGACCAGAAAUGGUGCAGUUGUGCCAGGUUUAAAUGUUAAUGAGCCAAAAUUACCACCUCAUGUUGUGAACUCUGUCCAUGGAUCAGGAGCAGAUCAGGUUAUUAUCACAAUUGACUCCACAUUAGAGACUAAUGGCCUGCCUAAUUAUCCACCACUUCCAGCUACCUUUGACAGUAUUAAGGUAGAAGAAACUCGUAGGACUCUACUUGUUCAGAACAUUGACCCUUCAAUAACCAAUGAGGAAUGGAUAAGACAUUUUUCUUCUGCUGGUGAAGUCAAAUAUCUUCGUACAUGCAGCCGCACUUCAGAUGAUUCUAAGCAUUUGCUAAUUGAAUUCACCGAUCAAUCUAGCAUUAUUAAUGCUCUCAAAAUGAGUGAAACUGAAUUUAAAGGAACCACAUUGCAGUUGCAGCAUGCUACCCAGCCCAUCAAUAAACCACAAGCAAAAAGCAAUGAAGCAGCUCAAAAAGAAAUUGAAGAAGCAAUGUCAAGAUUCAAAGAAGCCCAAAAUAUGAUUAAUGCAACCAUCGAACCUGUAAUUGGAAUGCUAACUAAGGACAAGAAAGGUUCCAGAAGGUCAAGAUCCAGAUCCAGAUCUAGGGGAAGAAGACGCAGAUCAAGAUCCAGAUCUCGUCGUCGCUCUAGAUCAAGAAGACGUCGUUCUACAUCCAGAAAAAGAUCAAGAUCCAGAGAACGCCGUCGCAGGUCCAAAUCCAGGUCAAGAAGGCGGUCUCGUUCAAGAUCAACAAAACGUCGCUCCGGAUCCAAGACUCGUAAAAGUCGUUCCAAAUCCAGAAAAAAGUCAAGAUCAAGAGACAGAAAACCUAGAGCCCUAUCAAGAGAUAGAAAAUCCAGAGAUAAAUCCAAGGAACGAAAACGUUCCAAAGAUAAAUCUAAAGAAAGAGAUAAAUCCAAAGAACGCAAAAGUCACGGUGAUUCCAAAGCAAAGGAUAAACCAGUUGAUUCUAAAGAUAAGAAAAGUGACAAUGUUGAUGUUGAGAAGAAGCGCUCCAAAUCUCGCAGUAGAAGCCGUAAAAGAUCCAGAUCUAGAGACAGGAGAGACAAAAAACGAUCAAGAUCAAGGGGAAGCAGAAGGAGAUCACCCAUGACACCCCCUCGCCGCAGAAAAAGCCGUUCUCGUACUAGAGACAGGGAUCGAGACAGCAAAAGAAAAGAUAAAAAAGAAAGAAAACGUUCCAGAUCAAGGUCUCGAUCUAGAGAUAAGAAAGAAGGCAGUAGUAGGGCUAAAUCUAGAAUAAAGUCAAGAUCUAGAUCUAGAACAAGAUCUAAAGUGUCUAAGGGAAAGGAAAUUAUUGAAAAGGCCCAAUCUGGAAAUAAUAGGUCUCUAGAGACUAAUGAAGAUUAUGAGAAGGAUUCUGGAGAAAAGUCAGAUAAUAUGGAUAUAUCUAAUUCACCAUAGUUUUUUUUUCAGUUUAUUUUUGUCAAUGUUUAAAAUAACAUUUAACUUAGGUGUAAGAGUUUUAGUUGUGUACCUAAUAAUUGUCUGAAUAAAAAUUGCCUCAUGUUGAGCAAAUAAACAUGA